AUGGACCACGGAAAAGGCAGCCUGGUUUCUAAAUGGAAGCUGUGGCAUUUCCAACAUGGCAUCUCUUUUACGUCUCCCGCCGCUGGCCGGCAGCCCCUUUACCCAGAAUUGGACGUAGCUCGGUUCUUGCACAGCACAGCCGCGGGCCCGGCCGAGUCGCAACCGGCUGACGCAGCAGUCACAGCUGUGGUGAGCAGCGCUAAGAUCGUUGCCGUGGCGGCGGCUCCUCCACCCUCCGCAGGAGGCGACGGCGAGCCGGCGUCGGACGGGAAGGCGCAAACCGAGGCGAGCGCCAAGGAAGAGCCCGAGGAGGACGAGGACAAUGACCCUGGCGACCCUCCCGUCACCGACCUUGACUACAACAUACCCGAGGAUAUCUUCCGCGCCGCGAGGCUGGCGGAACCCGGGUCGCCCAACUCCUUCUGGUCGUACACGCUCUACAGGGGGCCGGAAGAGGAGGACGGGGCUGUCGGCUCAAAAGUCAAGGUUCACUACUGCAAGAGCAUCGCGACGACAGAGCGGGUGUGCCAAUAUUUUCUCAAGGAGAAAGUCAUUGGCUUCGAUCUAGAGUGGCUUCCCUCGGCCUCGAAGUCCUCUGGCGAACGAAAGAACUGCUCCCUCGUGCAGCUGGCGAGCGCAAGUCGCAUUGCCUUGUUCCACGUCUCAUUGUACCCGCAGAAGACCACCGACCUGGUGGCUCCUUCCUUCAGGAAGAUCAUGGAAGACCCCGAUAUCCUCAAGGUGGGCGUUGCCAUCAGGAGCGACUGCACCCGUUUGAGGACGUAUCUUGGGGUCCAGACGAUGGGCCAGUUCGAGCUGAGCCACCUCUACAAGCAGGUCAAGUACCACAAGACUGGCGAGGUCCAGCUUAUCAACAAGAGGCUUGUUGCGCUGGCGAGGCAGGUGCAGGACCUUCUUCGGCUGCCCAUGUUCAAAGGUCAAGAUGUCCGGGCGAGCGACUGGUCUCGAGCUCUCAACCUCGACCAGAUCAUCUACGCGGCCUCGGAUGCCUAUGCGGCCGUCCAGCUCUACGCGAUUCUGGAGAAGCAGCGCGAGGAGCUGGAUCCGGUGCCUCCGCGCCCGUAUCCCGCCGAACUGGGCCUCCCCAUACGGUUCGCAGAGGGCGUCACUUUGCCAGCAGCCGACGAAGCUGCUGAAGAGGUCGAGGAGGAGGUGGAUGACGACAAGACCGCAGCAACUCUGUCGCCUGACUUUGUCGCAUCGGCAACAGACAGCAUAGAGAUCGAGGUAGAAGCAGACGAAGCACCCGCGACGCCAAAACCCGCGGCCCCAAAGAAACCGUCUACACCAGCCUCGAAGAAGCCAAAGGACGAGAGGUAUCUGGCUGCCGAGGCCUGGCUCACUCAAUAUCGGUCGUCGCACCCAAAGAUCCGCGCAGCCCCGUCCGCGCUCCGGACCUAUCACAUCUGGCACAGCAACGCUGAUCUCGACCCCGUUGCUAUCGCAAAGCUGUUGCGCGAGCCGCCGCUCCAGACGAAUACCGUCGUCAGCUACAUCCUGGAGACCAUCAAGAUGGAAAAGCUGCCUUACAACAGGGACCGCCUGUGUAACGAGGUUCUGGCGCUUCUACCAGCGCAGAUCCUCGACAUGAGAUACAAGAUGCUCGCAAAAGCGUGCGGCUACCGUGCUGCUACGGCAGUUGCACCGAAUACUACAGCAUGA